GUCCCCAGUGACUCAUGGCCCAAUACGAGUUCUUGUGUGUGGUGAUUGUGGCUGUUUUAGGUACAGCACCAUGUCAGAGUCAAAGUUCAUUGCCAGACCCCAUAAUACAAGAUGUAAUACCGCCCAACCUUAUGAAAGAAGUAGAGGACAACAGCCGGUACAAGACUUUGGAGGCAAAUGCCACGCUCCUAAAACUUCUGGUGGACGACAAAGAUGGAGUUAGUAGAUCUGAGGUAUUUGACAUGCUGCAUUCAAAAGAUGACAUGCCCGAACAUAUUGUUUUGCCAACAUUUCCUGAAGAUGCUGAAGAAGGUAGAGUCGACGUACCGGUUGUACCUGAUUCACAAGCAGAGUUCCUCCAAGAAGAGGAACCGGUGAUCAAAGAUUCUCAGAGAAGAUACGCGGGAAUGCGCGGGGAGCCCAUUGGCACCGCUGCAGGCAUCAUGGUUGCGGUCACCUGCAGCAUCGUCGUCCUCGCUUACUCCGCUCUCAUUCUGUGGAGACGGAUAUACAUAAAGAAAAAUGGCCUUAAGCACGAACUUUUGAGGAAUGAAGAAAUCGUCGCAGAAACAAGAAUAGAGUUGUGAAGAUCAUGUCAAGAUAAUGCGUUCCUUGCGUCGAUUAUCUUAUCAAGUAUUGACAUAAGGGAAUCGAAAGUUACGACGUGGUUUGGAGUUUUAUGAAGUAAUAAAAGACUGAAUUUGGUUAAGGAAAAUUGUUUUUAGAGGCAUGACCUAAUAUCUGAGCCACAUAUCUUGCAAUGUUUUUGUUUACACUUAUAUUGAUUCAAAUACUUUGUACGUAAGAUAAUAAUGGUACUGUACCUAUAAAUGCUACGACUUUACAUUAUAAAAUUUUCGGGUUGCCAACAUAUAAUUUGAAGAAAUAGGUAAAUAUGUCGUUAUUUGUAAUAAAUUAAUUUAUAUUCAAGAAGAGGAAAAACCUGUGCCAUAAUUGUAUUUAUCAGAAAUUACUUAGUCAUCUUGUAUCUUUUAGUGAUUGGCAUGUGGUUUAAAUGUAAUUUAUUUUAAUUUAGAACAAAACAAGUCUGUGAUGUGAUUAAUGAUUAAGAUUAUGAGUGAAUAUAAUUUUCUAUAGAUUUUUGUAACUAAAUAAAAAAUGAAUUAAAAGCAAGAGAAAUUCAAAUAUU